GCCCAGGUUUCUUUUCACCACCCCUCGACUCCGCGCCCCUAAACCAAGGGUCCUAGGUUGGAUAAAGAGGGCCGGGAAAGGAGGAUUAGCAUCAGUAGCCAAUCGGGACUCGGCGUUGUGCCCAGCCAAUAGGGGCGGUCGCUUGGGGCUUAGCCAAUCGGGCUCCGCGAGGAGGCUUGAGUCAGAGUUUGCGCCAGUCGCCCUGAGGUGACAGCCAUUGUGCGACGUCUUGGAGAAGCCAUGGGACGGCAAUGGGGACCGUCUUUGAGAGUGGCAGAGCAGGCGGGUUGCGUAGUGAGCGCCUCGCGAGCAGGACAGCCCGAUGCGGGCUCGUGGAGCUGCAGCGGGGUGAUCCUGAGCCGCAGCCCAGGCCUGGUGCUGUGCCACGGGGGCAUUUUCACCCCCUUCCUCAGAACUGGUAGCGCGGCUUUGACCCAAACGGGAGCCGCCUUCCUACCGGGCGACAGUUGCAGCGAUGACCUGCGCCUCCACGUGCAGUGGGGACCCACGGCUGCCAGCCCCGCCGGCCGCGCGGACCAGGAACUUCCAGGGCUGUGCACGCCUCAGUGCGCAAGCCUGGGCCUCGAACCCGGUGCCCCGAGCCGGGCCCGCGCGCGGCCUCUGCAGCCUCCGCGGCCGGCGCAGCUGCUGUUGCUGCUCAGCUGCCCGGCCUUCCGCUCGCACUUCGCGCGGCUCUUCGGGGCCGAAGCGGCGGAUCAAUGGCACUUCGUGAGCUCGGCGCCCGACGACGCGGUGUCAGAGGAGGAGGAGGAGGAUCAGCUGCGCGCGCUCGGCUGGUUCGCCCUCCUGCGGGUGCAGCGGGGCGCGGCGGCCGAGGAGAGGCGCGGGCCGGCGGUGACCGUGGCACCGCUCGGGGCCGUGGCCAAGGGCGCACCGCUGCUGGCUUGUGGCUCUCCGUUCGGUGCCUUCUGCCCGGACAUCUUCCUCAACACGCUGAGCCGGGGCGUGCUCAGCAACGCGGCCGGUCCGCUGUUGCUCACCGACGCGCGCUGCCUGCCGGGCACAGAAGGCGGCGGAGUGUUCGCGGCCCGACCUGCGGGCGCGCUGGUGGCUCUGGUGGCCGCGCCUCUAUGCUGGAAGGCCCGCGAGUGGGUGGGCCUCACGUUGCUGUGCGCCGCUGCCCCUCUGCUUCAGGUUGCUCGCUCGGCUCUCUCUCGCCUGCAUCCGGACUCCACCUCUCUGUCCGCGCUGCUGCCACCCGAAGUGGGCGCGCCAAGGGGCCUGUCCCUACGAGAUCUCGGAUCCUCGUGGGCAGCCGCGGCGGUGCUGGUGGAGUGUGGUGCCGUGUGGGGCUCCGGAGUGGCUGUGGCGCCUCGCCUGGUGGUGACCUGCCGUCAUGUGGCACCCCGGGAAACAGCCAGGGUCUUGGUACACUCAGCUACACCCAGGAAUGUGGCAAUCUGGGGACGAGUGGUAUUUGCCACUCAGGAGACCUCUCCAUAUGACAUAGCGGUGGUGAGCCUGGAAGAGGAACUGAAUGGUGUCCCCGUGCCUGUCCCAGCUGAGCACUUCCAUGAAGGCAUUGUUGCUAGCAACACUCGGGACAACAACACGGGGGCCACCUACCCACACCUGAACUUCAGCAUCCCCAUCACCGUGCUCCAGCCGGCCCUGAAGCAGUACAGUCAGACUGGUGACCUGUGUGGCCUCAGAGAGCUGGACCACACCACUGAGCCUGUCAGGGUCGUGUGGCGGCUGCAGCGGCCCCUGCCGGAAGCCCCCCGGAGCAAGCUCUGAGACUGUGCCUCCCUGGAAGAAAGUAGACCACUCUAUGCCAUGGGAAGUGUGUUGGUGUGGCAGCUGUGACAUCUAAGUCAUCUGCCGGGACAGCCCAAGCCCCCUCCUCGUCUUCACCUACAUGAGCAAACUUCUGUGCAACUGUGGGUCCCUGAUCAACUUUGGGGUGCUUUCUUGAGCCUAUCCCAUCGUUUCCCAGAAUUAGACUCAGCAAUGCCGUCGUCCUUCUGGGGGUUCUAUCCUUUGGGUAGGUACCGGUUUGGCAUUUCUGUGCCUCAUAACCCCUGGCUACCCAAAAUGGUUACACUACAGCCAAGGGCUCUUGCCUGGUACUCUGUACUCAGAGAACUCUGCGUGGAAGCCCAGAGUCCUAGUGGUCAGUAACAGGAGUGUUUUCCCGUUGCCAUAGUGAUAUGUAGGCAAAUCCCUGAGAGCCACCUGGGCCUUAACUCUGACACAGUGCCUUCGUUUUUGAGCCUGGGACUUGGCGACCUGUAGGUGGUGUGUGCAGUCAGAGCUAGGGAAUAAACAAUUUGAAUGGCCUCACUUCUAUCUAGCUAUCAGCCACUUUUCCUUAAACGCACAGUGGGGAACAUGCCAGGACCUGGCAGGGAAACACUCUCUUUCGCUUGGGCUCCCACUAGGUUUCAUCUCCCUGUGGUUGUCUGCCAGCCUGGCCCAAAGCUGUACUCAUCCUUCAUGCCUGGACAUGUGGGUCCUAGAAAGGGCUGGCAGUGGGUGUGUGCAGAAUGCCCUUGGUGUGCGAAGUCCAAAAUGGGCCCUAGGUGUGGAUAGAGGGGGGCCAAAGUGACUGAAGAGGACUGCGGGUGUAGGCUGGUGCUGGAUCACUUGCUGGAUCCCCUGUGUCACAGAAAACACCAAAGCAACAACAGCAACCGGAAGUGCCCGGGGGCUGCAAAUGUGGCUCUGUUGACAGAAUGAUUGCAUAAAAAGCACAGAGCUGUGGGUUCGAUCCUCAGCACCGAGUGCGGAAGCCCAUGCCUGCACGGCUGACACUAGGUGAACGAAGGCAGGAGGAUCAGGAUUUAGGAGGUAAAGGCAGGAGUUCUCUGAGUUAAGAGGCCAGCCUAAUUUGUAUACCAAGUCCCAGACCAGUUAGGACUACAUAGUGAGACCCUGUCUGUUGGAAACAAGCACACAUACACACCAUGAUAUGGAUUGAGGUGGGGUGUGUCUGUAUUCUGGCCACUGAUUGGGGGUCUUCUUGCUGCUUUAGGCAUCCACAAAUUCAAAGACAAAGUCCCUUGUCAGGUGAUGAGCCCUGAUUUCUGGUUUUAAAGACGGUGAGGCAUGACAGAGGGGUGCCUACAGAGACCCUGUCCUGGAUUAAGUAUUCUGUUUGGGAAUAAGGUGUUGGUAACUACCAGAAAGCCUUUGAGGGGCUGGCAAGAUGGGAGAGGCCUAAUGACCUGAGUCCAAUUUCUAGAAGCAAUAUAAGGGUGGAAAGAGAGAACUAACCCCACCGAGUUAUCCUCAGAGCCCCGAUACGUGUGCCUGUGCAUCCUGCACACAUGUACACAAGAGUAAGAAACUCUUGCCUUUCAAGCUUUGAGACAGUCCUUAGAGGUAGGGGAAGCAGGCUCUGACAGGCUAUGUUAAUUUUCUCAUCAUGACGGCAGAAUGCCUUGUGUAAAGUCAGUUUUAGGUGUAUCCAUCUAUCAUAGAGGAAAAGGCUAUGUGGAACAGAGCAGUCCACACCACUGCAUACAGGGAAAGGAGCCAGGGAUAUGACCCCAGGCAUGACCCCGCCUCCACGGUGCUGGAUUGUACACAAGUUACCGUACUUGCCAUGUGCGUGUGCGUGUGUGUGUGUGUGUGUGUGUGUGUGUGUGUGUGUGUGUGUGUCCUCACAUUCUGAGACAAGAUUUCUCUGUAACACAACCCUGACUGUCCUGGACUUUUUGAGACCAGGCUGGCCUUGAACUCACAGAGAGCCACUUGCCUCUGUUUCCUGAGUGCUGGGAUUAAAGGCAUGUGCUACCACUGGCCAA